AAAACAACGUGGAUUGUUAAAAGCUACGUACAAAGCUAAAAGCUACUACAUUUUUUUUUUUUUUUUAAUGUAUUUGAAAAUGCUAUUUAAAUACAUAUUUAAAUUCAAGGUCGUUGUUUUUUUCAGUGGUUUUUUAGUCACAAACUCAGUUUGGCUCAGUCAGCACAACAGAUAUUGAACCAAAACACAGUUGAUGUAACAGCAGCUUUCAGACCGUUUUAAACUUCUCCUUGUGUCUGCAUGGUAUAGCAGGAAACAAAAAGCAGAAGGAGGAAAGUAAGAAUCAUUUCCUUUCAGAAAGGCCCUAAAAUCAAACUUGUUUCCAAAAACCAUGAAGUGACUGGACCUAUUUCAAGUAAAAGCAUCACAUUUGAUCCUGGCGUCUUGUUGAGAAAUUACACAUCCAUGGAGCUCACAACAGCGCUGGCAUUCAUCACGGACACUGACUCCAACCAGACUGUCAGGAAUGAGUCAUCAGAGGCCUGUUCACGCGAGAGCGCUCUGAAGACAACUGUGUUCCCUCUUCUCUACACUGUCCUCUUCAUCCUGGGCCUGUCACUGAACAGCUUGGCAGCAUGGGUGUUCUUCCGAAUCCCUAGUAAAUCUCACUUCAUCAUCUAUCUGAAGAACAUCGUGGUGGCUGAUAUUAUCAUGACCCUCACCUUCCCCUUCAAGAUCCUCGCCGAUGCGAACUUAGCAUCCGUCAGCGAGCGUGUGUUCGUCUGUCGCGUGUCAUCCGUGCUCUUCUACAUCACUAUGUACAUCAGCAUCCUGUUCUUCGGCUUGAUCAGCAUCGAUCGCUGCAGAAAGACCAUUUGGCCCUUCGUGGGCACCAACCCUAGACGCCUGCUGCACAGAAAGCUCCUCUCGGGAUUCAUAUGGACAUCGCUGUUGGCUCUUUCGCUGCCCAACAUAAUCCUGACGAGCCGUCCCAACACUUCGAGCCACUUUAAAUGCAGUGACCUCAAGACAGAGAUGGGACUGAAGUGGCACGAGUUGGUCAACCACGUGUGCCAGGUGAUCUUUUGGGGGAACCUUGUGACGGUGAUAGUAUGCUACACGCUCAUCUCGAAAGAGCUCUAUAAGUCUUACGCCCGCACACAAGCUCAACACCAGCCAAGACCAGGAACGAACACUCCUCAGAAGAAGAACAUUCAAGCCAAUGUGUUCCUAGUGUUGGCGGUCUUCUUUGUUUGCUUCGUUCCCUUCCACUUCUCCCGAGUGCCGUACACCAUCAGCCAGACACGAGGACGCAUGUUCAAUUGCCAGCAGAAGCUGUUUUUCUUCCAGCUGAAGGAGAGCACGCUGUGGCUUUCCUCUCUUAAUUCUGUGCUGGAUCCUCUCAUCUACUUCUUCCUCUGUAAGUCGUUCAGGAGCUCGCUGUUUAACACCCUGCGUCUGUCUCCGGGCCGCUGCAGGGAGCUCGGGACAGACACGGCCAGCACUCCUCUGGGCAACACACAGACGUAAUGGACAGACUCUCAGACUUUCUGUGUCGUUGGGAACACUCUCAUCCACAUGAAAAUGCUAGGGUUCUCCUACACUAAUAAUCUUACUGACAUUAAUAUAAUUAUUUGUUUAAACGUAUUUUCAUGCUGUAACGGCUACAUGGGUGAGUCAAAUGUUUUAGAACAUAUCUGGCUUAUAUCCUUGAUUCAAACCUGUCAUGACUGGCUCAUAACUCAUAACUCAUACCUCAGAGUCAGGCAUUGAGGAAACAAUUUAUUUUGAUAGUCCAUUUAGUCAUUCUACUAACUGUAAGUAAUUCUGAAUCUACAUGUCAACUAGCAGUUAAGCGCAAAGUCCCGGAUUUACUGUAAAAGGGAUUUUAGAGAAUAAAGUAAAAUAGUAAAAGAACUAGAAUUUAUUGUAAUGCUUUGAACUAUUUGCCAGUAAUAUUUUUAUUUUAAAAUAUGUGCACUUUCACACAUAAUCAUAUGCCGAAAACAGCAAUGUUUCUUGUGUUGUCACAUUAAAACAAAUAACAUGGAUCAGAGUUAUGUAUUUUCCAAUGAAAAAUCAAAAAUGGCAACUUUUAACCAAAGAAAAUAAAAAAGUUCAGCAAACAACACA